AUGGCGAGCUCCUUCGAGAAAUCCGUCAAGGGCGCGACCAAGAUCAAGGCCGCACCCCCCAAGACAAAGUACAUCGAGCACAUCCUGGUUGCGACACACUCGGGCGAGGCGGGCGUGGGAGAGGUGUUCCGGGCGCUGCAGUAUCGGCUUCGUGACUCGACAUGGACCAUAGUCCUCAAGAGCUUGAUCACAGUCCACUUGAUGAUCCGAGAAGGAUCGCCAGAUGUGACGUUAGCCUACCUUGCGAAGCACAGGAACAUGCUGGCAGUGAGCAUGUUCUCGGAUGCCCAAACGCAAGGCCGGAACAUCCGUCACUACUCGAACUACCUCUCCGAACGAGCGCGUGCCUUCCGGGAAACAAAGAUUGACUGGGUUCGAGCCAAGGAGUCCCGGUUGGAAAAGCUCUCUGUGGAGAAGGGGUUGCUGCGCGAGACAGAGAUAGUCCAGCAUCAGCUCACCGCGCUCCUCGAGUGUGAUGUUAUGGAAAAUGAGCCAGAAAACGAGAUCACGAUUACGGUCUUUAGGCUAUUGGUCCUCGAUCUCCUGGCCUUGUUCCAGGUCUUGAAUCAGGCCAUGAUCAAUGUGUUAGGCCACUUCUUUGAAUACUCCAAAACGGAUGCCGAGAGGGCCCUGGACAUCUAUCGCAAGUUUGCGAGGCAGACUGAUUUUGUGGUACAGUACCUCAGUAUCGCUAGGCAAUACGAACACCACACGAGGGUGGAGAUCCCCAAACUAAAGCAUGCACCGGUAAAUCUGGCGCGCCAGCUGGAGGAGUACCUGAAGGAUCCCGACUUUGAGAUACACCGGAGGCAAUAUCUGGCUGAGCUGGAAGUGAAGAAGUCUAAAGGUGGAUCAUCAGGGGCUUCCAAAUCGGCCAGGCUCGAGUCCGCGAAGAACUCAUCCAGCACCAAGUCGAACGGACCCCAACCAGUACAGCCCACGAAGCCGACACCCGCGAAGGGGCCAGAUACCGACCUCAUCGACUUCUUCGAGUCCAUCGAGCAGAACCAAACUGCCAUGGCUACACAGCCGCAACCACAAUCACAACCACAACCGCAGCCCGGACUGCAGACGCAGAUGCAAAUGGGCAUGUCCCCAUGGGGCCCGGCGCCUUUUCAACCGCAGCCGACGGCCCAGGUCCAACUAAACAGCCUUAUUGCUCAACCUACUGGAUUCCAGACCAAUGCCACCUUCCAGCAACAGACCCAGCCCUUAUUUUCUCCAUCUCAGCAAGCACCUCAAAUACAGCCUGCCUUCACGGGCGCUGGCUUUGGGGGCUUCUCUCCUCAGCCCCAAACUCAGCCUAGCUUUCAGCCAAGCUCGCUCUCUCCGAUACCACAGGACUCUGUCGCGAGCUUUCAGAGCACUGCCACGCCUGCUUCCCAGGGUCUCCAAGCGCCACAGCAGAGCACCAACCCAUUCCGCCAAUCCAUGCUCAUGAACCAACAGACGGGCACCCCUUUUGCACCUGCUCCUGGCCCAACAAACACUCAGCAAAGGCCCGCAACGAGUCAAUCGACCAACCCCUUUGCCCGCUCAUCCCCACAGACGACGCAGCCCUUUGCGGCCCCCGCCUCGAACUCGCCGUUCCAGUCCCAGACGCCCCAGCAGCCGGCUGCAACACCCACGCAGUCGCCCAUGCAGCCGCUGCAGACCGGGACCAACCCGUUUGCGAAAAGCUUUGGGCCCUCGCAACCGGCCCAGCCGACCCAACAGCAACGCCCUGUCACGGCCGGCGGCAUCCUAUCUCAGCCCACCGGCAGCACCAACCCAUUCCGACAGGGCGCGUUCGUGAACCAUACCACCGGCCAAGGCUGGCAGCAUAACCAGCAGCCGAUAGGCGGUGGGCUGGACCAGCUUGAGACUAUUCCCGUGUUCCCGCGGCCGGCCCAGCAGAGCCCUUGGCAGCAGUGA